GGUGUAAAUUGUAUUUAGUGGUGGAGGGAGAAUCAAAAGCCGGUAAACACUUGUCGUUCCAUAAGAAACGUGAGCCAUGACAACAUAUAGAGAUAAUAUAGAUACAAUUACAGUACGUAUCUAUCUGUAUCUAUAUAUACACACACACACACACACACACAAACACACACAGUGAUGUGUUUAAAUGCCGUGAGUCGGUCGUCCUUGCUUACAUCAUUGGCCGAAUAGCAACCCCCAAUCUCCAUUCUCCACUCUCUCUUCUAAUUAAUUUCUUCCGUAUUGGCCUGUCAGCGUUGUCUGAGCUGGACAGGCAUAUCGAUGGGGGGUUUAUCGGCUGCGUUUUGCGGGAAAUCCGAUUUUCAAACUGAUUUAAUCUCUCUUACACAACCUUCUUCUUGCAUCAACCAUGUCUUAACGAUUUCUUUCGAUGCCCUUCUCUUGAUCGUGUUCCUGUACACUGUAGUCUCCAAGAAAUCAUCGUCGAAAUCCUCUGUUUCGUUUCGCAAUAUUUCCAGUUUGCAGCUCGUUUCAGCUAUUUACAACGGAGUUCUAGGGUCGGUUUACUUGUCUUUAGGAGUAUGGGUUCUCGAAGAGAAGCUUCGAAAAACUCGAUCCUUACUCCCUCUUCAUUGGUGGAUUCUAUUCCUUGUUCACGGAUUGAUAUGGUUAGUACUAGGAUUAACCGUUAGUCUUAAAGGACAUCGUUUUUCGAGAGUUCCUUUGAGGAUGCUGUCUAUACUAAUUUCCCUAUUUGCUGCAAUUACUUGCGGAUUGUCGCUUUUUUCCACCGUUGUCCUUCGAAAAAAGAUGUCGUUGAAAAUGUUCUUGGAUAUUUUAUCCUUUUUCGGAUCGAGUUUAUUGCUGUUAUGUACUUACAAAGGCUACAAAUAUGAAGCCAGCGAUGAAAACGAUCCGCUUUACAAACCAUUGCUCGACGAGCCUUACUCUGCUUCUUCCGAAAAAGACACCCCAUUUGCAAAAGCAACUUUUUUGAGUAAAUUCACAUUUUGGUGGUUGAAUCCACUAAUGAAGAGAGGGAAGGAAAAAACCCUCGAAGAUGAAGAUAUACCAAAGUUACGCAAAGACGAUCGAGCGGAGUCGUGCUACUUAGUAUAUAAAGAUAUAUACGACGCACAAAAGCAAUCGAAUCCAUCGGCUCAGCCAUCAAUCUUAAGAACAAUGCUUUUAUGCCAUUGGAGAGAGAUUUUAAUCUCGGGAUGCUUCGCACUGAUUAAGGUUGUAACUAUCUCCGCGGGCCCCAUUCUGCUCAAAGCCUUCAUUAAAGUUGCGGAAGGAAAAGAAAGCUUCGAACACGAGAGAUACGUUCUCGUUUUAACGCUCUUCUUCACUAAAAUAAUGGAGUCGAUCUCUCAAAGGCAGUGGUAUUUCCGGUCGAGGCUGAUUGGUCUGAAGAUAAGGUCGUUACUCACCGCAGCAGUUUACAAGAAGCAGCUGAGAUUAUCAAACUCCGCUAAAAUCACCCACUCGAGCGGCGAGAUAAUGAACUACGUCACGGUGGACGCUUAUCGGAUCGGAGAAUUCCCAUUCUGGUUCCAUCAGAUUUGGACGACUAGCCUCCAAUUAUGUCUGGCGAUAGUCAUUCUCUUCCAGUCCGUGGGGCCCGCAACAUUCGCAGCCAUGACUGUAAUAGUCGUAACAGUUCUUUGCAACAUGCCGCUCGCGAAACUACAGCACAAGUUCCAAUCGAAACUCAUGGUGGCACAGGAUGAAAGAUUGAAAGCCAUGUCUGAAGCUCUUGUGAAUAUGAAGGUGCUGAAAUUAUACGCGUGGGAAACUCAUUUCAAGGGCGUUAUAGACAAUUUGCGUGCGGUUGAAGAUAAGUGGCUGUCGGCUGUUCAGCUGCGGAAGGCGUACAAUUCUUUCCUUUUUUGGUCCUCCCCUGUUUUGGUCUCUGCCGCUACUUUCGGAGCUUGUUACGUACUCGGUGUUCCGUUGUCUUCGAGCAAUGUUUUUACUUUCGUUGCGACUUUGAGGCUUGUUCAAGAUCCUGUAAGAACUAUACCGGAUGUUGUGGGAGUGUUCAUUCAAGCUAAAGUUGCGUUCGCUAGGAUUGUGAAGUUUCUAGAAGCACCCGAGCUCGAAAACGCAAGUGUCCGUGUCAAGUUUGAAGCGGAUGAUAUAAAUCAUAGUGUUUGUUUUAAGUCGGCAAAUCUUUCGUGGGAUGAGAGUACACAUAAGCCUACGCUUAGAAACGUAAAUUUGGAUGUUAAAAAAGGCGAUAAGAUUGCAAUUUGUGGUGAAGUGGGGUCCGGCAAAUCGACCCUUCUUGCAGCUGUUCUUGGAGAAGUUCCGAUAAUCGAAGGAGCUGUUAAAGUGCAUGGGAGCAUUGCUUAUGUCUCACAAUCGGCCUGGAUUCAGACAGGGAGUAUUCGAGAGAACAUUCUGUUUGGAUCUGCAUUGAAUACUGUGAGGUAUCGAGAUACUUUGGAGAGGUGUUCGCUCGUGAAAGAUCUUGAGCUGCUGCCACAUGGCGAUCUCACGGAGAUUGGUGAAAGAGGAGUUAAUCUUAGUGGCGGUCAAAAGCAACGGAUUCAACUUGCUCGAGCUCUUUAUAAAGAUGCCGAUAUAUAUCUCCUGGAUGAUCCGUUUAGCGCCGUUGAUGCCCACACUGCCACAAGCCUGUUUAAUGAAUAUGUGAACGGAGCCCUUUCGGACAAGACGGUCUUACUAGUGACACAUCAAGUUGAUUUUCUUCCUGCGUUGAUUCUGUCUUGUUCGAGAGAGAUACGCAAUACUUACACAGAGAAGAAGAAAUCGAAAACGUUUGGAGGUGAUCAGUUAAUAAAGAAAGAAGAGAGGGAAGUUGGUGAUACAGGAUUUAAGCCGUACAUUCUGUACUUAAAACAGAACCGGGGCUUUUUGACCUUCUCAGUGGCUGCCAUCUGUCACUUAUCUUUCGUCAUUGGUCAGAUAUUACAGAAUUCUUGGAUGGCAGCAAACGUGGAUGAUCCACAUUUUAGCACGUUGAAGUUAAUUCUCGUGUAUUUACUGAUCGGGGUUGUUUCGUCACUGUUUUUGCUGACGAGGACACUAUUUACAGUUGUUUUGGGCAUGCAGUCAUCUAGAGCAUUAUUUUCACAGCUUCUGAUUUCUCUAUUUCAUGCUCCGAUGUCGUUUUAUGACUCUACACCUUUGGGCAGAAUACUGAGCCGGGUGUCUUCCGAUUUGAGUAUUGUUGAUCUAGAUGUACCCUUCAACUUGGUAUUCACAGUUGGAUCAACCACGAAUUGUUAUACUAACCUUGCAGUGUUGGCUGUUAUUACAUGGCAAGUUUUGUUCGUUUCUGUGCCAAUGAUCUGUUUGGCUAUUCGCUUACAGAAGUACUAUUUCUCGUCUGCUAAAGAGUUGAUGAGGAUAAACGGGACCACAAAAUCUUUUGUGGCAAACCAUCUCGCCGAAUCUGUAGCUGGAGCGAUCACCAUCAGAGCAUUCAAAGAAGAGGAUCGUUUUUCCGCAAAGAAUCUUGAACUUAUCGACCAAAACGGAAGUCCUUUCUUUCACUAUUUUUCAGCGAACGAGUGGUUGAUUCAAAGGCUGGAAACCCUAAGUGCAGCAGUUCUUGCUUUUGCUGGACUCUGCAUGGUUUUACUUCCUCCAGGAACUUUUAGCUCCGGAUUUAUUGGAAUGGCUCUGUCGUAUGGCCUGUCAUUAAACAUGUCACUCGUGUUUUCGAUUAACAACCAGUGCAUGUUAGCAAAUUAUAUUAUAUCUGUAGAAAGACUUGAUCAGUAUAUGCACAUUCAAAGUGAAGCGCCUGAAGUUAUUGAAGAUAAUCGCCCCCCUGUGAAUUGGCCUUCUGAGGGUAAAGUAGAGAUUCAAAAUUUGCAGAUUAGAUACAGACAAGAUGCACCACUUGUUCUACGUGGGAUUAGCUGCACAUUCGAAGGAGGACACAAAAUCGGAAUUGUUGGUCGAACCGGGAGUGGGAAGACCACUCUUAUUGGUGCUCUGUUUCGUCUGGUGGAACCUUCCGGAGGGAAGAUUCUUGUGGAUGGAAUUGAUAUAACAACAAUAGGGCUUCAUGAUCUGAGGUCUCGUUUCGGGAUUAUACCUCAAGACCCUACUCUUUUCACCGGUACCGUGCGGUACAACCUAGAUCCAUUGGUUCAACAUACCGACAAGGAAAUAUGGGAGGUUUUAGGGAAAUGUCAGCUCAAAGAUGCUGUUCAAGAGAAGGAAGAUGGAUUAGAUUCAUCUGUUGUGGAAGAUGGAUCGAAUUGGAGCAUGGGACAGAGGCAAUUGUUUUGUCUAGGCCGUGCUUUAUUGAGGAGAAGCAAGAUUUUGGUACUGGAUGAAGCAACUGCUUCCAUCGACAACGCAACAGAUUCAAUCUUGCAGAAAACUAUUAGGACAGAGUUUGCAGAUUGUACUGUGAUCACAGUGGCGCACCGAAUACCUACGGUGAUGGACUCUACGAUGGUUCUAGCCAUUAGUGAUGGGAAACUGGUGGAAUAUGAUGAACCGAUGAAGCUAAUAAACAGAGAAGAUUCAUUGUUUGGGCAGCUUGUGAAGGAAUAUUGGUCUCAUUAUCAAUCUGCAGAAUCACAAGUUGAGAUGACUUAGUUAGCUUAGCUAGUCUAUUUCAAGAAAGAGCUGCACUAUUUUUCUGCCCUAUUAUCUUGUGUAAUAAACCUAUAUGAUUGGUGGAAAAGAUUAGCAGCACUGUUAGAAGUAAACCCUGAGUUUUGUAGUAAAACUCGAGCAGAGUUAUCGACCAUGUAUAGCUACGUUUAUGAAAUUAUAAGUCCUUUGCAUUU